CUGAAUCUUUCAAAAUUUAACAAUGUGCUAAACAGGUUCAAAGGGAAGCAGCGAGGAGGAUUCCGAGGUCCCACUGCCCUCACAGCCAAUGGAGGGCCGGCGAGGGAGGAGCCUGGCUCAGCUAGAGCUUCUGAGGAAAUCAUCCUCGGUGCUUGCAGUGGAGCCUGAGCCCUGCUGCAUGUGUCACAGCACAGCAAGGUAAUGAAACAGUAGAGGAGAAACGCUGUGUGCUGUGGGAUGCUGUAGCACUUUCUGAAACAUCUGCCAAGGGUUCCUGUGGAGCAGGAUCUUCUGAAACGAUUUCUUCUUGAAGCUGCUUUGGGUAGCUGGGAAAAUGAUACAUAUGCUAAACGCAGCCGCUGAUAGAGUGAAAUGGACCAGAUCCGGUGCCGCCAAGAGGGCUGCCUGCCUGGUGGCUGCGGCAUAUGCUCUGAAAACCCUCUACCCCAUCCUUGGCAAGCGCUCGAAGCAAUCUGGCCAAGGGAAGAAAAAAGAAGCUUGCCGGGCUGCAGAGAACAGAGGGAUACUGCAUUGCACCCAGACCGUUUGUAAAAAAUCUUCCCCUGGAGUGAAUGCAGAUUUUUUCAAACAGCUACUAGAACUUCGGAAAAUUCUCUUUCCAAAACUUGUGACCACUGAAACAGGGUGGCUCUGCCUCCACUCGGUGGCUCUAAUCUCAAGGACCUUUCUGUCUAUCUAUGUGGCGGGUCUGGAUGGGAAAAUCGUGAAAAGCAUCGUGGAAAAGAAGCCUCGGACAUUCAUCUUCAAAAUAGUCAAGUGGCUUAUGAUUGCCAUUCCUGCUACCUUUGUCAACAGUGCAAUAAGGUACCUGGAGUGCAAGUUGGCUUUGGCUUUCAGAACUCGCCUCGUAGACUAUGCUUAUGAAACCUAUUUUACAAAUCAGACUUAUUACAAGGUGAUCAACAUGGAUGGGAGGCUGGCAAACCCCGACCAGUCUCUUACUGAAGACAUUAUGAUGUUCUCCCAGUCUGUGGCUCAUUUGUAUUCCAAUCUGACCAAACCUAUUUUAGAUGUAAUUCUGACCUCCUAUACACUCAUCCAGACAGCUACCUCCAGAGGUGCAAGCCCAACUGGGCCUACCCUGUUAGCAGGACUUGUGAUAUAUGCCACUGCUAAAGUGUUGAAAGCCUGCUCUCCCAAAUUUGGUAAAUUGGUGGCUGAAGAAGCUCAUAGAAAAGGCUAUUUGCGAUACGUACACUCCAGAAUUAUAGCCAAUGUGGAAGAAAUUGCCUUUUACAGAGGACACAAGAUAGAAAUGAAGCAACUCCAGAAAAGUUACAAAGCUUUAGCGGAGCAAAUGAACCUUAUUUUAUCCAAACGCUUGUGGUACAUCAUGAUAGAGCAGUUCUUGAUGAAGUAUGUUUGGAGCGGCUGUGGACUAAUUAUGGUGGCUAUACCUAUUAUCACUGCAACUGGCUUUGCAGAUGGUGAUCUAGAGGAUGGCCAGAAACAGGCUAUGGUUAGUGAACGGACAGAAGCCUUUACCACUGCUCGAAAUUUAUUGGCCUCUGGAGCCGAUGCCAUUGAAAGGAUCAUGUCUUCCUAUAAGGAGAUCACUGAAUUAGCAGGCUAUACUGCUCGAGUGUACAAUAUGUUUUGGGUCUUUGAUGAAGUAAAAAGAGGCAUUUAUAAGAGAACACCUGACAUUGAAGAGCCUGAAAACCAUAGCAAGAAUGGAGCUAACAUAGAAUUAUCCCUUAGUGACACAUUGGCAAUUAAAGGAAAAGUUAUUGAUGUGGACCAUGGAAUUAUUUGUGAAAAUGUUCCCAUAAUCACACCAGCAGGAGAAGUGGUGGCAUCCAGGCUAAACUUCAAAGUACAAGAAGGAAUGCAUCUUUUGAUAACUGGUCCCAAUGGAUGUGGAAAGAGCUCUCUCUUCAGAAUUUUAAGUGGGCUGUGGCCUGUGUAUGAAGGAGUCCUUUAUAAACCUCCUCCUCAGCAUAUGUUCUAUAUUCCACAAAGGCCAUACAUGUCUCUUGGCAGUCUUCGGGAUCAGGUCAUUUAUCCUGACUCGGUGGAUGAUAUGCACGACAAAGGUUACACAGACCAGGACCUAGAAUGUAUUCUACACAGCGUCCACCUGUAUCACAUAGUGCAAAGAGAAGGAGGGUGGGAUGCUGUUAUGGACUGGAAAGAUGUUCUAUCAGGAGGCGAAAAGCAAAGAAUGGGCAUGGCUCGCAUGUUUUAUCAUAAACCGAAGUAUGCAUUGUUAGAUGAAUGUACCAGUGCCGUCAGCAUUGAUGUUGAAGGAAAGAUAUUUCAGGCUGCAAAAGGGGCUGGAAUAUCCUUACUGUCCAUAACGCACAGGCCCUCUCUUUGGAAAUACCACACUCAUUUAUUACAAUUUGAUGGUGAAGGAGGUUGGCGCUUUGAACAAUUGGAUUCUGCUAUUCGUUUAACAUUAAGUGAAGAAAAACAAAAGCUAGAAUCUCAGCUAGCUGGAAUUCCCAAAAUGCAGCAGAGACUCAAUGAACUAUGUAAAAUUUUGGGAGAAGACUCAGUGCUGAAAACAGUCAGAAGUGAAGAUGAGCCAUCCUAAUUUGUAUUGACAUGUUUUAAAAGUUAAUUUUUAGGUAAAGACUCACAGAUACCCUGUUUUAGUGCAUGCAGUGUGUUAAGCUAAGCACAGAGAAAACAAAGCCAGCAAGAAAUAUUUUAUACGACUUUAGCAUCAAAGAACCAGAUGGUCUAACUUUUCAGAAGAAAAUAAACAAAUGCAUGAUGUGAGAUUAGUCAUCAUGGCUUACACUAAUUCUUAGUGAAAGCCUAAUUUACCUGUAAAACAGGAUUUUCUAGGUGAAUUCAUGGUGAACACCAGAUUACUAUGUGUAUGAGAUGUGUCUGACAUUUUUAACUGGAGAUACCUCUUGGAAAUGCAAACUUAAGAGCAGCAGUUGGGCUAAUAUCGGGUGCAUAAACAUUAGAACUCUGAGUACCAUGGAAGUCUUUUCAUGACUGAUAUUAGGUUUAAUAACUAUAUGUUCAUCAUUGCUAGUGGCCAAGUAAAGCUUAUACAAGCUACCUGAAAGUUUAGGAAGUCUUUCAAGAUAAAAAAUAUUUUAAUGGCAGUGGUUGAGAGGAAAAAAGUAUGGCUAAACCAGCAUAAGACGCCAUUUUUUAAAAAGUUAAAACUUUGAGUAUCUUAAUGCAAGGACAUAAAAAUUUCAAUGAGAAUCUUCCAUAUUUCUUAAUGAACCCUUUCAUUUUUAAAAGAGAAUUGCCAAUAUAGAAAUAAUGUAUCCAAAAAUGUUUGUCUCAGCCUGGUAUUUUGUCAGCACCAUUAUCUGUUACAAUUUCUGUUUAGAAAUACUGUUUCACUGUAUGUGUGUGCCCAAAGGAGGAGUCCAUAUUUUAAAAAAUGUAAUGCUAUAAUAAAUAUUGUUAAAAAUCACAAUAAUAUUAGAGUACAUUUGGAAUAGCACUUUAUAAUUUGUAAUCUUCAUUAACAUCAUUUCAUUUUAAUGUUGGUGGCAAUCUUUUGAGAAAUAUGUUAUUUUUCUAUUUUGAUACUGAGAAAAAUUGGCACUCAUAUUUGCCCUAAUUAUGUAAUUUAUUUUGGGGACAGAUCUGGGGAUCCGAUGAAAUUUCUCCUGUUCUAACCAGCUUAUAUUAAUAAGGUGGGUUAGUAUAGUAGGUGGCAGGAAGUGGGGCUCUAGACAAGGGAGAAAGAUGAGGCAAAAGAGCAUUCAGGUAGAUGUGUAAAACAUUUCCACUCAGAACAAAUCCCUCUUUCACUGUUGGAAGAUUUCCUGAUUAUCGAGUACAUACGACCUUACUGUUUUGAUUGUGGAAUUUUCAUAGCCAGUUUUCCACUUACCAGCUGGAGUGUGUUAGUAAAAGUGAGAAAAAUGACUUUAGUGAUUAAAAUCACUCACUACAUGUCCAAACAAGAAUGUGGCGGCUGUAUAUAAAUACAUUAUAAUAGCAUCUCUAGUCGACGUGCAGCUAUUAGACCUGAAUAUUCCUUGUGAAUUCCUUAAUCACUAUGAAAAAGCCUUGAUUAAUCAAAGAAACUGCAAAUCAUUCCAGUGAUAGAAAAUGCCCCAUAUUUUAUACAGCUGUGUUGGGUCUGUGAGGACACGUACCUCUGUUACAAAUUGUGGGGUACAGAACCUUGUGAGGUGUUGUGCACAAAAAGUCAUAAACUGGUGUUUAAUUUUAAUUUUCUUUAUUGAGUUCUAAAUUAUGUCAGGCACUGUGUUAAAUCCUAGGAAUAAAUGAAAUAUAGUCCCCAUCUCAAGCGUACAGGCCAGUGAAAAUCAGAAAAAUGAAUACACUUGAUUAUAAAGUUAAUAGCUACACUUAUUACUUAUCAAGUGGGCACAAAACAUUGCGUAUACAUUGACUCAUUAAACUAAUUCAGCCAAAGAGGAAAGUUAAGACAGAAGGGUUAAGUAAUUUAUCCAACCUCAUACAGUGUGCAGGCCAUAGACUGAAAUUCAACCCUCACAAUGUUUGAUUAGAAAGCCUAUGCAACUCUGUAUCGCCUUUCUUUUAAUCAUUGUACACCAUUCAUUAUUAAUUUUUCAUGGUACUGAGGACAGAACCCAGGGCUUUCACAGUGAGCCAUGUCUGCAGCCCUUCUAAAUUGUGUUCACUCAUUUUUGAGACAGGAUUUCACUAAACUUCCUAGGCUGGGCUCGAAUUUGUGACCCUCAUUGCAUCAGCCUGCCAAAGUGCUGCUGGGAUUACACAUAUGCACCACCAUGAUUAGCUAUUAUUGCUGUUUUAAACUGAAGUCUCAGGGUGUGUGGUUAACCAAACCAAUUUAUUUCUCUGGGAUAAAAGGGAAUUAAUGUAAUAUAAAUUAUAAUUUUCAAAUAAGCUAUGGAUGUUUCAUUAUAAAUUAUGGGAUGGGAAAACCAUAAGGCAACUUUUCAAAUGUUUGAGGAAGAAAUGUUCAAACUGAUUCCAGUUCACUCAUUCAGGUAAAAACUGACACAUUCAAGGCAUCAGCUACUGUGCUAGGGAUUGAGAAGAGCGAGACAGGCUGGGUCUCGGCACUGGUGCAGGUCUCGUACCACUGCUGAGCAACUGUAAGCCUGUUGGCUAUCGUGGUUCCAUGUGAUUGCUUUCUGGUAUCUUCUCAGUUCUUGUAUGUCCUACCUAAGACCAUUCUGGUGUAAUCUUUAAGCAAUAAACAUCUUUUGGCAGCAGGAUUUCCUGGAUCUCUGGGCAUGAUAAUCCUCCUGCUCCAUUUUAGUCUACAUCAUAAGGCACAGUAAAACCAAUCCAUAGGACUUGGCCAGUAGGUGCUCCCAUGCAGGUAGUAUGUUGUCUUGAAACUUGGGAAUGAUCACCUCCAAUCCAGAUCAGGGAAAACAAGUCAGAUUUGUACACUCAAAAGUGUAUUUCUCAUGGUCACUCAAAAUUCAGAUAAUUAAGUGAGAAAGUUAGAAAAAGAAAAAGCAAUAACUAUAAAAGCUAAUAAACAGGAGUUCCAAGUUAGACACGACUCUGGAUGUUGCCUGGUGCGAAGGAGUUGUGUUUGAUCCCCAAUAUCACACACAAAAAAUGGUCUGUCUUGGUUUCUGUGACCCAAUACAAAUGGAAAGGUGAUUAAGUACUCAUCUGAUAUAUUUUUAUGUGACUUUCAUACUUAGAAGACAGAGUCCAUAACAAUAAACAGAGUACCAUUGCUAAAUAUUAAAUAUAUUACUUGGCCUUAUCAUUUAAGUAUAAUUUAAUCCAUAUAAGAAGCAACCUUACAUA